AUGGCUCAAGAGGUGGCUCUCAUUCUGGGCUUCGGACCCAAUGUUGGAUUCGACGUUGCAGAAGCGUUUGCAGCACAAGGCUACAAAGUGGCGAUAGUCUCACGAUCGAAAAAAGACGUGAAGCUGCAGUAUCUCCAGAUGCAGGCUGACUUUUCGGAUCCUUCCUCGAUUGAAGGAAUAUUCACUAAAGUCAUAAGCGAACUUGGCCAUCCUAGUGUGGUAGUCUACAAUGCGUCUUCAUCGAGUCUGAAUCCUUCAACCUCACUGGAGCAACAAAUUGCAGCCUUUCAACGUGACAAUAACAUCAACAUUGUGUCUGCAUAUGUCGCGGCACAUUUAGCCACAAAGUCGUUUGCUACGCUUUCAUCAGACUCAUCUAGGACUUUUAUCUAUACAGGCAACAAACUCCCGUUCGUGGUUGUCCGGCCCCUACUAUCUCAAGGGGUUGGUAAAGCUGGAUCAGCACAUUUGAUGCAUUAUUUAGCAGAAGAAAAUAAAGAGUUCGGUUACAAAUUUUAUUUCGCCGAUGAGCGGAAACCUGACGGAGAUCCAGUGUACGCCGCCAUUGACGGCCCGGCUCACGCCGCCUUCUAUACCGAACUGGCUAAGCAAAAAGCCCAAGGCCCAUGGAACGCAACUUUUGUCAAAGAAAGAGGAUAUGUUGCUUUUUCUGAAGAAGUAAUAAAGGAUAGUGUUACCAUGAAGUUGGAUAUCCCUAGCAAAGAUUGA